AUGGCCGUGGCUAGCAAUCAGGUCAGCGAGGUAGCCAUCCCCCAGCCGGCACCUGCUCUCGCUCUUCUCGACUUGUUCCCAGCUCCUAACCCUCAUGACAUUGACUGGAAUGCCGUCGUUCAUGCUGAGGUUGAGCUCAAUGUCAAUGAUGGAUGGCAGGGCAUUGUUGCCAAGUCGCACAAGCUCGCAAGCCUCGUUCUUCAAGGCAAAAGUGUUGCAUCUUCUCUGGGCCGUCUGCAGUAUCAAGGCAGCAUCCUAGAGACGCAAGCCGUCGCGAUGCGCAGUAUGACCGCCAUUGAGCUCAAGAUGUAUCAAGCCUGGCUGAACGGCGCCUCACCUCCCGGCCUGCCCUACCCCGACAACAUUCCUCCCACCUCGCCUGCAACCACGCAGCACAUCUUCGCCGAUGUGGUCAACUUCCACCCAGACGCGGACAUGCGCCUCUUGGCCCUCUCGCAUAUGUACGACUUGCAUCCCAAUGACCGACUCGACCAAUUCGAUGAGCGCAACAUGCUCAGCAAGGGACAGCUGACGUACUUUGAGGCCAAGUAUCCGCAGCUUCAGCCCCUGGUCUUGGCCCAUUGCCGCGUCUUGAUGCAGCGUACAGGCGAGGUGCUGAACCAGGAAGUGCACAUCGAGCGCAUCAGAGCCGAGUGUCACGCUUUGAGGAGCCAGCUGGCCGUACUUGAUUGGAGGAUCCAGGAGCACGUCAGGGAAAAUGCCCAGUCGCUUCAGCUCGCCAAUGCCAACACGGAACUCCUUCGUCAGCGUCUUCAGCAGCUCACGCGCCUUCUCGAGGGCGGACCCACUACCACGCAAGGUACUGUCCAGCAAAAGCGCAAGACACCCGAGGUCAGCGCCGAUGAGGAACAACAAGUCGAAGACCGUUCCAUUCGACGCCGUCAUGAUGGUGAGCAGCCCCAAGUCAGUCAAGGUCAGCACGAUGACCGCCAACACAUGAGUGACCACUCUGGCUCCAAUUCGCGCGACGAUGAUGAGGACACCCUGAUCCGCGAUGACAACAAUCCUCGCGGGCUACUAGGAGACUAUCAUUCGCUUUCGCCAACGUCUUCUCCUGAACCUCAGAAUCACCACGAGCGUGGCAAGCAUCCCGACGGCGAACAGCCCAGCGAGUCUACUGUAAAGGAGGCCGGGAUCGGGCAGCAGGUCGACAAGCAUGCUACCGAGACCAAUAGCUCUACCACGAAGGAAAUGAGCGCCACUCAAAGCACUCCAUCCGCCUUGGUAGAGGCCGACAAGGAGAUUCAGGACUUCUUCUACGAUUCAGCCCCUGCCACUGGCUCUAACCAGGACCAGCACCACAACAAGAAGGCUGACCAGCGCAGCCGCAGCUCUCCUGCUGAGGAGCACGGCGCAGACGGCAGCGAUGAGAACGCCCCUGUGCUCCUGAGCGACGAGAAUCGCCCACCAACCGACCGGCUCGCCAUCCGCUCCGGCCCCACUACGCCCGAGCAGCGCCCCAGGAACCCUGCUGCUACUCGAGCUACCAACUCUAGCCCUCCCGCCUGCCACAGCACCACGGCAGGUAGCGGCGCACGAUCCUCGCCUCCAGCCACCGACACGCAACGUUUCCUCUCCGACCUCGAGCUGAGCGCUACCGCUUCCACGUUGCCCUUCAGCAAGAAGGAUGCGCCGCUUGCAAAGGACUCAGCCAGGGAGGAAUACAUGAGUCUGUUUCCCCUGCCUGGCUUCGAGCGUAGCCCGUCGCCCAUGCUGACCAGGAGCAAGGCGAGGCUCGACUUGCGCAGGACUACUGGCGCCAGCGACGAUGAGGAUGCUGAGCCGACAGCAGGAACCAAUGAAGGCUUUGAGUCGCAAGAGCAAGUGGAGCAGCAGGCUCCUGGUGUCUUUACCCGCCGCUCUGGGCCAAUGCAGUUUUUCAAGUCGCGCCUCCUUGCGUAG